UCUAAAUAAUUAUUUUAUAAAUUAAAAUAUUCAACUGAUGCUGUGAAAAUGAUGGUACCAGUUUUUUUCUUUAAAUAUCAACAAAUUCAUAUUCAAACUCCAAUAAUUUCAUUUAUAUGUUUCUGAAAAAAAAUACAAAAACCCACCAACCAACACUAUGGUCAAUUUUGGCUAAAUCAUGGGGACAACGUGACAACUAAUUAGCCAUACACACACAAAUAAAUAGUAAUAGGUGCCUAAAUAAAAUACUAUAUGUUUAGUGGGACUUCCAUUUUUCCAUAAGAAAUUAAAUAAAAAAUUUUACUACUAUGGAGAAAAAAUUAAGAAUUUUAUGUCUCCAUGGAUUUAGAGGAAGUGGUGAAAUACUAAAGAAAUUAAUUCUCCGAUGGCCGGAAUCAGUCACCGGAAAAUUGGAUUUGGUGUAUUUGGAUGCACCAUUUCCAGCUCAGGGAAAAUCUGCACUUGAAGGCUAUUUUGAUCCUCCUUACUUUGAAUGGUUUCAAUCUAAUAAGGAUUUCACAGAGUUUUACAAAUUUGAAGAAUGCCUGGAGUAUAUAGAAGAUUUUAUGUUAAAGCAUGGACCUUUUGAUGGUGUUCUUGGUUUCUCACAGGGAGCAGUUUUAGGUGCCGCGAUACCCGGCAUGCAAAGGGAAGGAGUAGCUCUAACUAAAGUACCAGAAAUAAAGUUUGUGAUACUAAUAUCAGGGGCUAAAUUUGGAGGGCCUUCAUUUGGUGUACCAAAAUUGGCUGCAAAUGCAUUUUCAUCUCCAAUCAAUUGCCCAUCCCUUCAUUUCUUAGGACAGACAGAUUACCAGAAAAAAGAUGGUGAAAUUCUGCUGGAGUGUUUUGUGGAUCCACAAGUGAUUCACCAUUCUAAAGGACAUACAAUACCAAAACUAGAUGAUAGCAGCCUUGCAGUAAUGCUUGGAUUUAUUGAAAAAAAUUCAACAACUUUGAGACAGGACACAAGUGUUCUGACAGUAUGAAUUAAUUUUCAUACAGAUAUUUUGUCUUCUGAUGUUUCUUUGUUGAUUUUUGUUGUUGCUUAAUAUACAUUUCAUAAUUACCUGUAAUAUGUCGUCCGUCUCAAAAUACUUGUCAUAUUUGUCAUUUAUACAUCUCUUAAAAAAACAAUGAUUAGAAGGGAUGAUAAAUACUUCUCAAUUUUCCAAUGAUUCGUCUUAAACAAUAGGUCAAAUACAUAAUGUUACGACUUUUUACUUAGACGUUU